CCCGCCGGGAUUAGAGCCAAGCGCACGCUCUUGCAGGAGGCUGUCGGGGCUCCCUCCGGCGUCCCGCGAACUUCAAAGCAGCCAGCGCUGCCCCGGCCGCCGCGCUCCGCUCCGGGCCCUCGGAGCCCCGGCGUGGCCGCGGGUGGCCAUGACCCGGGCGCUGGGCGCCGCGCUGCGCCAGGCUUUCCUGCUGCUCGCCGCCGCCGCCGCGCUCUCGGCAGGACUGAAGUGUGUUUGUCUUCUGUGUGAUUCUUCAAACUUUACGUGCCAAACAGAAGGAGCAUGUUGGGCCUCAGUUAUGCUCACCAAUGGGAAAGAACAGGUGAUAAAGUCCUGUGUCUCUCUCCCAGAGUUAAAUGCUCAAGUCUUCUGCCACAGUUCCAACAAUGUUACCAAAACGGAAUGCUGCUUCACAGAUUUUUGCAACAACAUAACACUGCAUCUUCCAACAGCUUCGCCAAAUGCCCCCAAACUUGGACCCAUGGAGCUCACUGUUGUUAUUAGUGUCCCAGUUUGUCUCCUGUCCAUAGUGACAGUGCUGACAAUAUGGGUAUGCCAAAGACGGCAGUGCACAUACAGAAGGAAAAAGAGGCAGAAUGUGGAGGAACCCCUCUCUGAGUGCAAUCUGGUAAACGCUGGAAAAACUCUCAAAGAUCUAAUUUACGAUGUGACCGCCUCUGGCUCUGGCUCCGGUCUACCUCUGUUGGUCCAAAGAACAAUUGCAAGGACAAUUGUCCUUCAGGAAAUAGUGGGAAAAGGUAGAUUUGGUGAGGUCUGGCAUGGUAGAUGGUGUGGAGAAGAUGUGGCCGUGAAAAUAUUCUCCUCUAGAGAUGAAAGAUCUUGGUUUCGAGAAGCAGAAAUUUAUCAGACUGUUAUGCUGAGACACGAAAACAUUCUUGGUUUCAUUGCCGCUGACAACAAAGAUAAUGGAACUUGGACUCAGCUUUGGCUUGUCUCUGAAUACCAUGAACAGGGCUCCUUAUAUGACUAUUUGAAUAGGAACAUAGUAACAGUGGCUGGGAUGAUCAAGUUGGCACUUUCCAUAGCUAGUGGUCUGGCCCACCUUCACAUGGAAAUUGUUGGUACACAAGGUAAACCUGCUAUUGCUCAUCGAGAUAUAAAAUCCAAAAAUAUCCUAGUAAAAAAGUGUGAAACUUGUGCCAUAGCAGAUUUAGGGUUGGCUGUGAAACAUGACUCAAUACUGAAUACGAUUGACAUACCUCAGAAUCCUAAAGUAGGAACUAAAAGGUAUAUGGCUCCUGAAAUGCUUGAUGACACAAUGAAUGUGAAUAUCUUCGAGUCCUUCAAACGUGCUGAUAUCUAUUCUGUUGGUUUGGUUUACUGGGAAAUAGCCCGGAGGUGUUCAGUUGGAGGAAUAGUUGAGGAUUACCAGUUGCCUUAUUAUGACAUGGUGCCUUCAGAUCCCUCAAUAGAGGAAAUGAGGAAGGUUGUUUGUGACCAGAAGUUUCGACCAAGUAUCCCUAACCAAUGGCAAAGCUGUGAGGCGCUCCGAGUCAUGGGCAGAAUAAUGCGUGAGUGUUGGUAUGCCAAUGGGGCCGCCCGCCUGACCGCCCUUCGUAUUAAGAAGACCAUCUCUCAACUUUGUGUCAAAGAGGACUGCAAAGUUUAAGGAUGACAGUUGUAUUCAAAAGCAAUUGUUUGCAGUUGUCUUUCCCAGUUGGCCUCUUUAUGUGAAUGUUUUGCUUUUUUUUUUUUUUUUUUUGCUCUACCUCAGAGAUACUGCAUUACAGUGUUUUAGUGUCCAAAUGUAGCAUGGCCAAAAGCUCUAAAGUCAAGCACGGUCAGGCAUUGAUGUCCUUCAGUUUUCAUGAUGUCUUUCAUUUCACUUUGACAAAUAGCACAUCAGUUCACACCUUUAUCUAAUAUGAAAGAUAUUAUGGAGGUACAAAAUAAGCUAUGUAAAAUAGUAAAAGUUAUUAAGGUUUUAUUUUACUUGAACCAAAAGCAAAUGAAUGAAUAGAAAAAAAUGUUUUGACUUUUUAUCUGAGAUGAAAAUAUUCAUCAAAAUAUGAAUCAGUAUAUUCUAUGUAAACAAAACUUUAGAUGAUGCAUUCUAUGUUUUUUCUCUAUUAUUUAAAUUAAGCAGGAUUUAAAAGUCUAAAUACUGUACUGAACAUAUAAAAUAAUGUAAAAGUGGACCUGCUUUUCAGAGAGAUGGAAGCAAGGAAGCAAGGUCAACAUUUUACUUCCUCAUUUUCUUCUCCCCUCUUUCUUUAUAUUCUACCAGCAGCCCCUUUCAGGGGGAUAGUUUGAAAGCUGUAUUGAAUAUUACCCCCUUUCACUUACAAAUGAAACCUCUGACAUCUUAAAAUGCUCCAAAGUCACGUAGCUAGUGGCAGAGCUGGAACACAGCCAAAAUAUUGUAAUAAUUCACAUUGAAGAGUUAGCUAGCUUCCAGCUUUCUCUCAAAUCGCCCUGUAUAAAAAUAGCAUUUUUAUGUUGAUAUUUCUGCUUUAGUCAAACAGAAGACAAAUUCACUGUUUUGUUAAGACAUGAUGACUUGCAUGAACUCUCAGGACAAUUUCCAUUGAUCUUUUUCUUAUAGAAAUUUCAUAGUUAUCCUAUUAGUUAGAUGAGUAUUAAGGUUUUCUGAACACUUCUAGAGAUUUGUUAGGUCUAAGGGUCUCUUGUUAGAUUUCUAGAUGCAUUCCUGAAGUUCCUCCUGCUUUUGUACGCAUACGUUUAAAAGGAGAAUAGAAAAAAGAAAGGAAACAAAAUUAUUUUCAGAAAACAUUAAAGAAAAUUCUUAAAUAAAGCAGACCCUCCAGAGGGUAUCAGUCAUAAUAAAUAGAUAUUCCUGACCAUUUCAAAAUGAAAGAGUGGGUGCAGAUGAUAAUUUGGUGGCUCAUGGUAGUUUAUAAUCUCCUUCUUGUACAGAAGUGAUGAACUAUGAGUAAUGCAAAGAACAUUAUAUAUUUCCUUCAAAUUUAUAAUUUUACUUUGGUGAAGGAGCUCUAAUAUGGCUUGUUAUAUUGUUCUAAAGCAUUGUUCAUUCAAUCUGUCCCACUGAGCACUUUUUAGCUUAGAUGAUCUUAGUUUGAUCUUGGAAUCAAACAUUAUUUUUGAUAGGUAGGUUCUUAGAAAAUGACAUUCACAAUUAGUAUAUCAAGUACUUUGAGGAGUUAAGAAAUAUUACUUGAAUUUCAUUAUACUGGAUUUCCCAAAUUAUUAGACCGUGGAACCCUUUUUAUUAAGAGAAGGGAAAGCCUUUAUUUGCCUGCAUUUUGGUGUUUUACAAAGCACAACUUGGGGAACAGUGUUCUGAAGGAUAUUUCUAUGUAUUUUCACAUAGAGCACAAUCUAAUAAUUAUAAUUUGUUUCACUAUGGAUGUAUGUUACUGAGCCCCUCUUCUUUGGAUGGGGUUGAGACAUCAGAUGCCACUGUGGUUUGUACAUAUUUCACUCUCAUUUAAGAGGUUAUUCAUUCAUUUAGUAAUGAUGGUGUGUACCCCAUAUAUUCCUUGCCCUGGUAUUGUUUGCGUUAGGGAAAUUAAAACAGAAUAGUUCCUCCCCUCAGGAAUCUAAAAGUAUAAUGUGAGGAUGGCGACAGGUUUAUGGGUGGUUGGGAAAGAAAGUAAAUCAAAAGAUACCAAGUAGAAUGUCUUGAUUUCUUUAUGAUAGGUUUUAAAAAUUACUUUCAGUGUGCAACAGAUUAAAAAUUAUUUGUAUUUGGUUAUUCCAAACAAUUUAAUUAUAUAAUCAGUUUUUGAGAGUUUAUUUGUGAAGGAAUUUUUAAAAGUUUAUGAGAGUGAAGUACUCCUGAUAGAGCUUAUUUCCUUGAUUUCUUCUAGACUGUAUUUGCAUGUAUGAAUAUGAAAUUAUUUAUUUACUAUGGUUGUACUAUAGUUUUAAAAAACAAGAAUAAUAAUUCCCCAUUUUAUUCACAUGUACAGGGUAAAAAUUCUUAUUUAAUUUUUAAGAGAGAGUGUUUUCCCAUUUUUAUUUUUUAUCAUUAUAUUUUAUAAUUUAUUUGAGGAUGUCCAAAUAUAAUUUAAUAUUUAUACUCCACUUUAAUUCUAGAGAAAUACAUAAAUUCAUGUAUGUUAAAAUACUUUUCCUGUUUUCUUUUUGAGGGGGUGUAUGUAUCUGUUGGUUAACUAUAAUUCCUAACUAAAUUAUCUUAUAUUUUAAUUAACAAGUAUAUUUUUUAAGAAAUGGAGAAGAUAGAAAAAUGAUAAAAGCUAAAAAUUCUUUUUCCUUAAUUCUCAAAAUUAAUAUAAAAAUAGAAAAUACUGACAAAACUUAAAGCUUAGAGCAUAAGACAAAUUUUCUGUAUAUACGUAUGCCGUUAAACUUUGUUUCUUUGAUGGAGUCCAAUUGUGUAAUAUUUAUUUCCUUUAAGUGUCUUUAUAACCAAAAAAUACUCUUCCUAGACUCAAACUAUCAGUGUUCUCUGCUUUUUUUCAAAUAUUUUGGGUAUAAUGUAAAGCUUGGUAAAAUGCUAUUUAUGGCAAAAACAAUGUCAAUAAUUCAGCAUGAAUUUAUUGCCUUAUAAGCUAUGCAUUUAAGUGUGUAAUUGGUACAGAUUCUGUUGUGCGCUUGAUUCUAUGUCUAAAAUAUUUGGCAUGUCACAUCUAGAAUUCUUAAUUUAUGUUCUGAAAGUUAAGUGAAACAUGACUGUGUCGUGCACUAUUUUAAGCAUAGUACUUGCUUUUCAUCUUGAUACUUUCAAUUAACUUUGCAUUUUAAAUUUCCAUGAUUGUAUGAAAAUAGUAACCUGAGUACAGUGUCUGAAGAACUCAAGAUCAGUUUUUAUUUUAAAAUGAGAAUCUAGAGAGAUUUAUUAGGUUACAAGUUUCAUCAUAAUUAUUAUUUUUCAAUGCUUCUAUAGUUGAAGUAUUAAAUGGAGACAAAAACCUAUUUCUCCUGUACUAAAAUUUUGCCACCAAGUGACUUCUUGGGGCAGAGACAACUCAGGGCUAUUGGAAGAAUUUAUGCAAAAGUAUCAGGGAAACGUCUUCAAAAAUCAUCUGAAAGCAAGAAGCCCACUUUUGUCAUUAUUAAAAGUCCAAAUUUAAAUGAAUUGUCAGAGAACUUGAUUAUUUCAGAUAAACAUUGAAACAUAUUUUGUUUAGAUUAAUUUAUUUAAGGGAUGAAUAUUUUUGUCUCCUGAGGAAAUUAAGGUAAUAGUAUCAAUGAAUAAAGUUGAUGGCAGUUAAUGUAUUCAAUAAUCAUUCCUUUAAAUAAAUUUAAAAAUAGAGCAUUUUAAGUUACUUGGGAAUACUAAGAUUUAGUAUCUUAAAAUAGCACCUUUGUGGCUUUCAAAGAUAUUCUAAAUAUGUUUAAUUUUGUAAAACAUUCUAUUUCUAUGUUUGACAAUGCUUUGUUCACUUUUCCUAUAAGUGAAGGUUUACGUGGAUUUUACACACUCUUUAGCAGAAACAGAAAUCCCUUUGCUCCCAAGGUCUUCUAAACAGAAGAAAGGGUUAUUUGGGAUUCUAAAAUUUCAUAGAAUCUUAAUAGUAAGUAUAACUUCUCAGACUGGAAUAAUAGUACAGUGGGUAGGGCACUUGACUGGCAUGUACCUGACCCAUUUGAUCCCAGCAUCCUGUGUAGUUAGAUCCCUGAACCUCUCCAGGAGUGAUCCCUGAGCACCAUGGGUAUGGCUCCAAAACUCACAAACUGAAAACAAAAUAGUAAAUAGAAUUUUGUGGUUUUCAAUGUUUAAAUGCAAAUUUUCAGCUAUUUCACCGUUUUUAUUCUAUAUUUUCUUGUAUGUGGUAUUUUCCUCACCUCUUUUAAAAUAUUUUUGGUCUCUUUCAUAAUAUUUCAAGAAUGGGGCUAGACAGUACAGUGAGUAGGGCUCUUGUCCUGCAUACAGCCAAACCUGGGUUGAUUCCCAGCACCCCAUAUGGUCCCACCAAGAGUCAUCACUCAGUGCAGAGCCAGUAGUAAGCCCUGAGUCCCUCCGGGUGUGGCCCCAUAUCAAAAUGACAAACGCACAGAAAGGAAUAUUAAAAAGUUUCAUUAGUCCUAAAUUUAAAAAAUAGCAAAAUCUUUCUAGUGUUUAUUUCUCUAAGGAAAAAGAGAGCCUUUGUUGUUUUAUUUUUGUUUGAUUUAUUUUUUUUGGGGGGCUACACCAUAUAGGGUACCAGGGAUCAAUCUGGGUCAGCCUGGUGUAAGACAAACACCCACCCUGCUGUACUCUGAACCCAAAAAGAGAACCUUUAACAUAUAGAUAAUUUCAUGUGUUAUCAACAAAAUAAAAAGUCAGAAUUUGAGACUUGUAAACCAUGUUAUAAAUUGAUUAUAUGAUUUUAUUUUUAAAAGUUAGAGAUGUAAAAUAACAGAGACCAGAAAUUAAUUAAUAGUUGCUAGCAAAAUUCCCACCAUAGUACCUCACUAUAAUAAGUGUUUACCAAUUAAAAGCAGUUGGUAUGCAUUUAAACUGACCUUGGAUAUACAGUCAAAUAGUGUUCCAUUUAAUGGAGAUGAUCAAAUGUUAUUUCUCUUUUAAUUUCGGCUAACAUACCUUACCUCCCAUAGUGAAGUCAGUGAGAAAAACUAACUUUAUAUUAUAUAUUCUAAGAGAUAGAAACUAGUUCUUGAGCUGAGAAAAGGUAGUCACUGGGGUGUUAGACAAAAUGUGAAACUUGUGAGAAUACACAAUUUAAAAUAUUUUUCAAUUUUAUUAAGGAACUCUGAUAUACAAAGUUAUUGAUAGUUACAGUUUAGACAUAUGAUGUUGUAACACCUAUUCCCCCCCCCCCCAGUGUCAAAUUCCCUACACAAGUGUUCCCAUUUUUCCUCCCACCUCCACCCCCAGCCUGCCACCUUGACAGGCACAUUUUAAAGUUUGGUGGUUUUAGUUGUAUCUCUUGUUUUCAGUGUUGUUGAUUCUGUGGCUUGGAUAUAUAGCUGUACCACUCCCCCACAUUACUGAUAUCCCCAAGUUCCUUGACCCUUGCUCUCCUGUUCCUUCCUUGUCACAUCUUCUUACUUUUCUCCUUCAUUUCUUUCCUUCUUUGCCCUUUUCCACUUAUACUCUGGGGUCAAGGGUGAUUUAGGCAUUCCCCCUUUAUUACAUUGCAUAGCUGCUCUCCUUCAUGUAAGGAUUAUUCUCUCUUUUUAUGUGUCGGAAUGGGAGUGAAACAUAAUUUAGUAAUAAAAUUUUCAGACUUGUAUACUAAUUUAAGUAUUUUCUAGUUACACUGCUUUCUCAUCUUCAGCACUUAUUUUCUUAUAUUCAUUUCUUAAAUUUUUAGUACAUUAAAAUAUAUUUCCUGAAUUUCCACAAUUCCACCUCAAUUUAUGCUUCCUGUCCUUUUAUCAUAGACUUCUAGACCCCCUCUAGAUUGCUAUACACUGAAUUUAAAAUAUUUACUUUCCAUACCUAUGUAUGAGAUGUUCUCUUCAGACUUUCUCUAAUAAUUUUACCCUUAGAACUUUGAAGAAGGUACUUGUUAAUGACAGAUAAUGUUUUAACUUGAUAAGUCAUCUAACUUAUAUUCUUGGUUUUAGCUAACAUGAAAAAAAAUGUCUUAUUUGACCUUAGUGCUAAAUUCUACUGAAAGAUGGUGAACUUGGACAGGGAAAAUACAUAUCCGUAACGUGAUUGGUCAGUUGAUAUCUACAAUCAGUUUACAGAUUUAUAUUUCAUAUAGCUACUCUGUUUUGCUUUGAUCAUAUUUUAAAAUGAAACAUUAUUCUGUAAUUUUGAAAGAUAUUGAAAUUCAAUCCUCAUUUAAAAAUCCUCCUCUAGAACUGCUAUUUGAUAAAAUUUGAGCUCUGCUUAUGCUAGAUUUUAUUAUUCUCAAAUAUGGUUUUCUUUCAUGACCACUGGUUUAUGUUCCCCUUUUAGAAAUUAUUCUCUCUAUCUAAAACGAUUUUAACUGGAAGGUUUAAUCUGAACUAUAUCAACCUGAAUGUUACAUAGCCACUAAGAUUUAACUUACUAGAUUGGUUUUACACCAAAUAUACUACCAGCUGAGAAGCAAGUAGGCUCUGAAAUCCAAUCUACAUCUGGUUCUCCAAUGAAGAAAUAUUUUUAUAUGUUGUAGGAAAAAUAUUACAUGAUUACUUAAUCUUCAUAAAAUAUCUCUGCUUAAAUAUCUUGUAAAAAAUAAUUCCCCAUGGUUCUUGAUGUCUGCAAAUCAACCAAAGUAGAAAAAAUAUUUUGAAUUUUUCACCCUAAUUACUGUCAAGGGGUGGGUGGAGAGGAUGGUUGAAUGUUUGUUCAGUUGAUUACAUUUUUCAACCCAGACCAUCUGCAAUAAAACCCUAAUUUUUGGAUCUCCAUUGAGCUGUCAUUACAUAUGCGAAUGUAUUUAUUUACUUUGCCUCAGAAGAGAUGAUUGUACUUUUAAGUUCUGUCUAAUUUAUGCAGGCACAACGUGAGAUUACAAAUACCUCCAUUUUCUUCAAGGGCUAAAUACCAGUAAUCAAUUUUUUUAAAUCCAGUAUUUCUAUCUUUAUUAAAAGUCAGGAUAUCAGAAAAGAAAUAAAGUGAGGAUAUAUGAACCAAAAUCUUAAAUUCUAGUUCAUCUCCCCAGUGACUAGUGUCAAGAACUUAUACUCUUCUGAUCCUAGACUGGAAAAAAUUAUUCACACUUAAUAAAUGUUUCAGGUGUUAAGUGUCCUAAAAACAGAAAAUUAGAUUCAAUCUUAGAGAAAAAGGAGGAGAAUUUUGGAUUGACUUUCAAAGUACUAAUACUAAUUAUACUUUUCUGGUAAUGUGACUUUUUUCUUAUACCUAAGAACAUAUUACAAAUGUCAAAGCCACUGCAUUUUGACAUUGCAAAGCAUGCCUUGAACUCUUGAACUACUGUGAAAAGAAUCACUGUUGUAAAGACUAAUUGUAAGCCAGCUGAUAUUUUAUGUAUGUAAAAGAUACUACUUUUCAACAGACAGACUCAAAUCAAUGUAUAUAAGAAAUGUAAAAAAUAAAUUAGGUUUUAAAAUAAGAAUUAGGCAACAACUUCAAUAAAAAUAUGUAAACGGAAAUUUGAGUAGUAAACAUUUUAUUGUUGAGUAUAAAGAGAAUUUCAAAUUCCAAAGAGAAAUGAAUGAUAUCAGAUGUUUGUUAUCUUCAAGUCUGUGGAAAUAUGCAUUUUAUGGUGAUAUAUAAUUCUUUAUAAAUAAUAGUUUAGAAUUUAAUAAGAAAUCAGUGAUAGGCUUCAUACCAAAAUGUUUAAUUUUACCAACAGCAAGUCAUAAAAAGUAUUUAUUUUAAAGCUUUUAAAAUUUUUAUUGCAUAACUUUGAGCUGCCUCCAGAUAUAAAUAUGUAUCUGCCUAAGUGUAAUAUUUUUAUGUAUGCACUUCAUGAGAAUGUAUUGUUUUGUAAAAUAGCAAAGAUAAUUAAGCACUCCUUGCACUUGUUUCUGUGAUGCAUAUAGAACUCUAUUUUAAAUAAAAAGAAAAUGGGUCACA